CGUGAAAUCCAAUACAGGAGUAAUUCAGUAGAACUCCAUACUACCACUAUGAAGAAAGGUAGUAUUCCUCUUUUGUUGAGUGUCAUCUUCCUGACGCUGAUUGGAGGUCAAGGAACCCCAACAAUGAGGAAUAGACGCUGUUCCUGCAUCACCACCACGCAAGGAACAAUCCAGUCAAAAUUCUUAAAGGACCUUAAACAAUUUGCCCCAAGCUCUUAUUGUGAGAAAACUGAAAUCAUUGCAACAAUGAAGAAUGGAUAUCAAACGUGUCUAAACCCAGAUUUGGCAGUUGUGCAAGAAUUGAUUAAAGAGUGGGAAAAACAGGUCAACCAAAAGAAAAAGCAAAAAAAAGGGAAAAGAUAUCAAAAAAGCAAGAAAGCUUUGAAAGUUAAAAAAUCUCAACAUCUUCGUCAAAAGAAGACCACAUAAACAACCACUUUACCAGCAAGUGUUUUGUGUGAAAAAUGUUCUUUUUUGUUAUACUGAAAUAAUUCUAAAAGGGGAUGGCAACUUAAUACAUAAGCUUUUUUUUUUCUAGAGAAGUUUAAGCAUUGUUGUGAAAUUGUAAUUAAAGCUAGAAAGUUGCUUUUAAAAUCCAAAUGUAGAGCGUUGUUACAGGCUAUAGUUGGACUUUGUUCUUCUACCACCAACUUCAUCAUGCUGAAGAUCACAGUCUUAACACCCACAUCUGGACAAUUGCACGCACAAUCACAUCCUGUACACGGUCCCAUCCCACACACAACAGCUGCCUGGAAGAGCAGCCCUGUAUUUCCCAGGCCACAGAUUCCAGCCUCUAGAGGAUAUUCUGAAGCACAUGCCGGUAAGCUCCAGCCUGUCCACAUGUUAGGAAGCCAAGGAAUUUGGAACCGAGCUGGACCUCACCAAGCUGCCAGGCCAUUUAGCAUCUGUACUUGAACCCACCUAUAGGUCUCACCGUGUUUCUGAGAGACCCAUGGUGGUUGUUUCUGGGGACCACCACUGAAGAACACUAGCACUUGGCUUUCAGAAGCUUAUGUCCAGCUUCUGAGGACAUGGGACUCCAUCCUAGCUGCCCGAGCUCACACUGUAUGUCUUACUGUUUAUCAUUGCUUCCAUCAAGCCUGUUCUCACUGUCUCAGCGACACGGGUCUACUCCUCAUCACUCUUUCCCCAACACUCCACAAGAACGCCGCCUUCUCCCUACUGAUCCUACUUGGACCAGUCUUUGGCUCGGUUUAAUCCUGCCUCUUAAGCAAAACCUUCUGGACAUUCAAAUUCUCUUAAAACUCUUCUUUCACUUGUGCUCAGUACCAUACAGUCGAGCACUUGACGGUUCUCUAAUUAAUUUUUGCAUGUUGAUUCUAUUUCUCCAACCAGAUUGCCAGCUCCUUGAGGGCAACCAACCACUGUUUACUUCCUUGAAUCUGUCACCAUGCCUAGUAGACUGUGAACUAGGUUUUGACUAACUUGUCAGUUGCAGUUUUGACAGGUAGGAGGGCAACCAGACCAUCUCAGAGCAGGAACUAGCCAUAUUGGCUACUCCGCGUUGUCUAACCCUUGGUAACCUCUUUUAUUCCUUAUUUUCAGACCAUUGUCACUGCAGGAAUGGGGGUGAUGCAACAGUCUUGCCUUAGGACAGGAUGUGAACUUGGCCUCUCCAGCAAAUAGGAAGAAAAUGUUUAAUCACGGGAUAUUCUGAACUGUUUUUAUGAAAUAGUACAGGAUACUUAGAAUCAUAGAAUUUAUAGUAGGAAGGAGCUUUGUGCAACCUUUCCCCACCCAGUACAAAAAUUCCUCCAGUACCAUUCCUGACAUGCCUGUUUUCUAUGUCUGACAAGAAAGCCACCAAGUGCCUUUUGAAAACUCAUUUUACGUAGCUAUAAAUGUCAUUGUCCGUUUGAGAGUUUGUAGAGUAUUUCAAAGUUUGUAGAGUUUUGUGAUUAUCAAUUACCAUACCAGGUCUCAGAGGAAGGGUGAGUAUUAAGACACAAAGAGCUGGAGGGAGCAGGAAAUGCUGUUCGCGGAGGCAUGGCUGGUGCCCAUUUAGCUUCAACAGGGCUUAGAAACCCUCUUCAAGAGCAGGUUCAGUGAAUUGUGUAGGAGAGAACAUCUCUGGCCAGAAUUUAAACUUACCCCUACUCUGCCAGACUUUGUCACCUCUAACAUCGCAGGAGAUUUCUAGUGCUGCCUAGAGGUGAUCCCAUCCAAACAGCAUCAUAUCUAAUCGUGAAACUCUUCAGCUUCUUCAAUAUGUAACCCCUGAAAACUCUGAACAUUCCAUAGUUUGAGAGUUUGGACCCAGUUACAAACUGUCUCACAGGUAAAGUGGGUAGUGCAGGGUGCAUGGGUGGCUUGGUGGGGUAAGUGACUGCCUUCCGCUCAGGUCAUGAUCCUGGAGUC